UUCCGCUCCACCCCGCGCUGCCUCGCGACCACCCCGUCCGCCCUGCGCCGCGUCGAGUGUGCUCUCGUCGACUGCCAGUGCAGCCGCCCCCGGGACCGCCCCCGGGACCGCCCCCGGGACCGCCCCCGGCGCCCGCCGCCCCACCCAGUGCCGAGUGUUGUGCUCCCGGAUUUGGAUUACCCGCCUGGAGUACUUACAGUGUGCAGUGUUUGAAUUUGUUUUCGUUUUGGCCGAGGCGCCAACAGUGCUGCGGCACCUGUGCCCGAGGUGUCAGUGUGUUGCGUGUGUGCGUGCCGCAGUGCCACCACACUGCCAUGCCGCGGCGCCGCCUGUGCCCACACUGUAGAGGCGGCCGCCGCCGCCCGUUGUAGGAUGACCGGCGCACGACGCGGGCACUGCCAGCGGAAGACGGACAUGGACGACAUGGACGCGGCCACCACCAGUGUGGCCAGCAUGGCCAGCAUGGCGGCCUCCACCACCACCUCGGCCACGCUGCUGCUCCUGCUGGUCCUCAGCCUGCAGCAAUGUCAAGGUGUGCUUCCACCAGCGAUCGACAGGGACGCCACACUUCAAACUUUUCCAGGCACGGACCAGGACGAGUACGCGCCCGGCAGCAAUGUCAGCAUAUUCCCGUACUUCGACUUCAACGUGCCCAGGAACGUGACCACCGCGGAGGGCCAGACGGGAUUCCUGCACUGCAGAGUCGAGCACCUCGGCGACAAAGCGGUGUCGUGGAUCCGGAAGCGCGACCUGCACAUCCUGACGGCGGGCGUGCUGACGUACACGUCGGACCAGCGCUUCACCGUCAUCCGGCCCGACCGCUCCGAGAACUGGACGCUGCAGAUCCGGUCGUCGCAGGGCAGGGACUCGGGCGUGUACGAGUGCCAGGUCAACACGGAGCCCAAGAUGAGCCUGUCCUUCCAGCUCAACGUCAUAGAAUGGAAGGCGCAGAUCCUGGGCUCCUCGGACCUGCACGUCAAGACGGGGUCGUCGGUGACGCUGACGUGCGUGCUGAGCCAGGGCCCCCACGACCUGGGCACGGUGCAGUGGUUCCGGAACGACGUGCUGCUGUCCAACAUGCUGGCCGGCGACGUGCACCCCAACGCCCUGGACCCGGAGCCGCGGCUGCGCAUCACGGUGGCCUGGACGGACGCGCUCACCUCCAAGCUGUACAUCAGCUACGCCAAGCCCGCCGACUCGGGCAACUACACUUGCAAGCCCACCAGCCUGGCGGACUCGGCCAGCGUCAACGUGCACGUCAUCAACGGCGAGCACCCCGCGGCGAUGCAGCACGGCAACAAGAACCGGGCGAGCGCCCUGUCGCUGCACUGCUUGGUGUACUCCGUGGCGCUGGUCGUCAUGAGGAGAUGAGACUGGACCACGGCGCUGGGUGCCUGGACCUGGGUCUAGCCUGGGCCGCCUGGACCGCCCGGACCACUCGCAUCGCCUGCAGCGUGCCGGCCCGCCAACUGGGACUUCCCGACUUCCCGGACUUCCCUGGGACUUCCCCGAGCUUCCUAGGGGCUUCCCUGGACUUGCCGGCGGCGGCGGGUCUGACUCUGGACUGCCGGCGGCGGUCUGGUGCCGCUGUCGAGUGAUUCGAGACAGUUUUCGGCUCGCCCAGACGAGCGCGUCGCUGGUUGGCGCGGUGUGAGCACAUCCGGUGCACCGCCGCAGUGGGCUGUGGUUCGUCUCCCCGCCGAAGGGACGACUUUUGUGAGGACACUCGGGAAACACUUUCCGUUAGAAGAAAUUUGUUUUUGGUUGUUGUUGUUGUUGGAGGGAGGAAUGACGGGACCGGGUCAUCUCGGAUCUUGAUCCGCUCGGUUCCGGCCGUUCCGGCUUCGGGGCAUGCGGGCAUGUCGGACGGAGAUCGAUUUGUGCAGGAUGGAGGAAAAUGUUGCAACACGGGACUAUUAUUUGUAUCUUUGAAUAUCAGAUUUCUCUCCAGUAUAUGUGUCAAUAAGUUUCACUCAUUAAUUGAAUAAUUUGAUUGCACGUUAGAACAGCAAUAGACGGACCGAAAUGCCAGGCUGCAGCUGCUAGUUUUAGAAAUUGCGUUGAGCUUUGGAGCCCUUCCCCUGCACGAGGCUACAGAAAAUUCGUUGAUCAAAUUUCGCGCUGCCGUCAGUAUUCUGGUUCACUUGACCUGCCUUAACAAAGCGAUUCAGUUCUCGUAAUGCGAACGACUUACGCAAAAAAAUAAUUUUUGAAGCGCUUUUUUUGGCUGUGUUGGCCAUUCCGUUGAUGCAAGGCGUUGCUGGCGCUGCUUGAUGAAGUUGGCAAGAGCGGUAAAUCGCACGGCGACGCUCGGGGAGCCGUUAACAAGCAACUACACUAGGCGCAGACACGGCCUCGUUGUUGGUCUGGAAAAACAGCAGUUUGCCUCGCGAAACGGUGCUUGCACCGCAAAAAAAUUAUUGCUUUAAUUCACUGGUUUUGUUCGUCGGCCAAUACCAGAGUUCAUUCGGCUCGCUUUCUCGGCACUCUGUCACGUUCGCUACGGAGCGAGAACGGUGUUCUCGUCCCCUGCCGCGAUUUCCCAUCCCUUUAAUUUCACUUCGGCGUGAACGUGCUAUUUCUCGACCAUCUUUCGCAGUCAUCUUGUACCUGUAUAAACUCUUUCUUUGACACUCUGCGCAUCAUAUCCAACCGGAAAUGAGUCCUUCAUUCCUCUCCUUUUCCUGUGGUGGUUCCUUUUUCUGAUGCUGUUCUUAAUUAAUACGGCAAUCUAAGACUGAUAGCAUUGGUGAUUGUCUACCUUCUGUACAGAAGUUUUGUCUUGUUCUUGUAGCGUUUACAAGCACGUCUUUGUUUUGGAUAAUAACAAUUGCAGGAACGUAGAGUUAAUUGAUUCACUUGAAAUGUUUUUUUACCGGAUGUAUAUAAUGUUCUCGGUUGGUGAUUAUAUUUUUUACUGGCUCUAUCUUUUGUGGAAAGUGAGCAGAAUUUCGUCGCGGACUGUGACGAGGUUUCUGAAAAUUGGGAAAAAUCAAAUGGGAACAGAUAAAAUUGAGUGGCGGAAAUAAAUCACUGAUUUUUAGGAUGAUUGUAAAGAAUUGACAACUGUUUAAUAUGCUGGUCGGAGGACAUUGUAAGCAGAGAAAAAUUUGUGUUUUUGUCUUUUUGUUUUGUACUUUAUGUUCAAUCUCAGACCAGAGUAUAUUCUGACUUCCAGAACUGUGCUGUAUAAAGUUAUGAUCAAAUAUGUACAUAAUUAUAUUAAUUUUCUUUAGACCUAGUGAAUAAAAGUAAUCAAACGUUU